GAUUGAAAAGUUGAAGUUAAUAUUGAACGUCAAUUCAAAAAAAAAAGACAAAAUGGCAUGGGAAGGAUUUGAAUGGAAAAAUAGAAUUUCUGGAAUCAAAUCAGACGAAGAUGAUCCCGGUGAAGAAUUAACAGAAAAAGACAAAGAAAACUUAUUAAAAUUUAUUGAAAAAGAUAUAAUCGGACGUGAUGCAAUUUUUGAUGAACCUUUUGGACCUCGAAAAGUUCUUUAUUGCGACUACGUGGCCUCUGGCAAAGCUUUACACUCAAUCGAAAAUUUCAUGAUGAAGCAAGUUUUACCAAUGUACGCAAAUACUCAUACCACUACAACAGUGACGUCAUCACAAACAAUUUUAUUCAGAAAAGAAGCAAAGUAAGAAAUCAUUUUAUAUAAUCAAAUAUCGACACUCUGCAAAUUAAUAUUUUCACAAAAUUGAAAACAAUAACGGAUAGACGCAAAAAAAUAUAUUAUUAUGUGAACAUUUCUCUCUUCGUGGGUAUCUAGUUAGUUCAAUUUUGGACCACCCACUGGAAAUUUCCAUUUUUAUGUUGAAAAUUCCAGUCUUAUAUGUUCGUUAAAAAGCCGAUGUGAAAAAAUCAGUUCAAAUUUUACAUAAAUCUAUACUAUCAGGAAUAUUACUAUAAGUCAUUUUAGGACUCAGCUUUAUUCUUCAUUCACGUCGAAAAAGAAUUUCUUCGUAAUUUGACCAAAUAUUUUCGAAGCAUAAAUAUUGGGAAAUGACAUCAAAACCUAAAUUUAU